AUGUCUAAGUGUGAUUCCUCUACUACCGCCAGCGACGUGGUCGCUGCUUACCCUGAACACGUCGCUGGGAAGACUUUCGUCAUCACCGGUGCUAGCACUGGCGGUCUAGGCGCGACUGUUGCCUUGGCUCUUGCCUCAGCUGGACCAUCCAAAAUCCUUCUGCUUGGCCGGACCGAAUCGAAGAUUUCUCCUGUCAUCCAGGAGAUCUCGAAGAUCAGCCCCACGACGAGGGCGAACUUUGUUCAGGUUGAUCUUGAGUCAUUCUCUUCCGUUCGCACUGCUGCUGCUUCGGUGGCAGUAUUGGCCCCUAAGAUUGACGUCUUGAUCAACAACGCUGGGAUCAUGGGUACUAAAUUGGCUCGUACGCCUGAAGGACUAGAGAGCCAAUUCGCAACUAACCACAUCGGCCACUUCCUGCUUACCAACCUUCUUGUACCACAACUUGAAAAGGCCGGAGAAAGUUGGCCGGUUGUCAUGAAACUGUUCGAGCAAAAGAAGAUGGAGAUGCCGAAAGAAAAAACCCUAGAGGAGGGUGCUGCGACGUCGGUCGCUGCUGCGCUCGAUCCUAGACUUGACAGUGUAUCAGGUGCAUUCUUGGAUGAUUGUCAGGUUGCGGAGGCCCUAGAAUUUGCUUCUAGUGAGAAAAACGCAGAACAGCUGUGGGCUUUGAGUGAGCAGAUUGUGGGAGAAAGAUUUACUUAUUAA